GCAGAGAACCAGUUUGAGGAAAUGGCUUGUUUGGUACAAUGCAUGAUUCCUGAGGAGAAAAAAAUUCUUUCAUAGAAUUCCUCUUUUGAAGAUCUUCAAAGCUGAGGAGUAUAAUGCAUCAACUGAGUACUACUGGGAGCCCAUCAUACUGGAGUCUAAUUCAAACCAUGCAAGAAAUCACUGUUCUGAGAGAGCUGGUGAACCUUGAUGCCAUAGCCAAAAAUGGCGAGAACUAGGAAGGAGUUAAUGUGAGGUUUGAGAGCUAUGUCAGUCUAGGAUUGAUGCUACUAUCUAUGGAACCCCGAGGCUUGUUCAUGAAUAUAUUGUGACAACUGCUUAUGGAUUGGCACUGGAAACCUGGAAACUUGUUUAAAAUCCAACAUCAGUCCUUCAAUUCAGAGGGUCUUCUUCAUGACCGUGUCCCCAACACAUCUGUGGAGCUGGGAAUGGAAGCCAAACGGUCACGAGAACUGUUUUGAUGAGA